AUGACUCCCGAGCAGUCUUCGUCACUGAAGCGACCUCGCUCCCCGACUGAGCCCCAUCCCCUCCCAGCAGCAAAGAUCCCCCGGACCGCUACGAACCACCUGCAGAUCAACUAUCUUGUCCGGCAACACAAGGAUACUAUACCCCUCGUCACGGUCAAUGACAAGCUCCCCGAAAUAGCUCGCUUGCUGGGCGAAUACGAUGGGGUUCUACAACGCCAUGAGAGCAUGGCAGGUAACCUGGGAGCUUGUCCUGUCGGCCCAAUCCUCGUUAAGCGUUUCGAGAAAAUGUUUGACGGCCCACCCAAGAUCCUUAAAUCCCAUGCAAAAGAUGCUCAUGUUACCUGGUUAGACGUGGUCGAAUUUGCCCAGAACAACCCCAAGCAAUUCAACCUGGAAAGAACUCGCAAUGGAGUGCGGGUCUGCCAGUUCUACACCAAGCAGUGUCGGGUCGAGAUCUCGGAGGAGGAUUUUGUCCUCAUUGCCAGUGGUAUGCCUCAGAAACUCAUCCCACCGCAGCCCAUCCUCGAAGACGAAGAGAAGGAACUGGGCGUUAUGGAUCUCUUGGACCGCAAUCUCGGCCAGGUCAUCCAGCUUGCAGAUCAAGUGUCUGGCCGAGCGCGACAACUGAUUCACAAGAUGAAGGGUCGGCGUACAGCAAUAUUGAGCAGACGCGAGCAGGAAGCCGAGGCAAAAAGACACGCCACAAGAACCGAAGCUGCGCCUAUUUCGCCCGUAGAUACGAACGGGGUCAGCAGCGCCCGCCCAAUGAGGAGUAUCGAGGUCUCUCAAUCUCCUCCGGUCGGAUUUACCGCGGUCAAUCUGAGACAAUCCGCGGCGGCGGAAUCGGAUCUGCGACGUCCGUCUUCCACCAGCGACGUCCUAAGGAGUACUACCGACGACGCUUAUGGCUCGUCAAGUGCGGGAAACGUCACCAUUAUCAACGGCAAGUCGAUCAAAGAUGCUUCUCCCUCCCAGCGAGCCGAAAUGAUGAAGAAUUUCUUAACGCCAAGCGAGCGGGAAGCCGGUCUGACUGAAGAUACCGUUCGUCGGUCUUCUCUGGGAGCCGGUACUACUCGAACACAGGCGAUGCAAGCGUCCUCUGCAGACAAACCGCGUUCCCGUUCGAUCGAACUGGCUGCUGGGAGUGUGUCGACAGUGGCGAUACCGAAUACUCCGGCAUCUUUGAUGCCUCAUAUGAAGCCAGUCACAUUGGAUAGGGAUGACGGCGGGCCUUUCAAGGCGGAGAUGGUACGACGAAUGGAUAAUAUGUGGAAAGGCGAUCGGGUGAUUCCUCCCUGCGAUCGAUGUCGAAGAUUGCACAUGGACUGUCUGAAGAACCUCACAGCGUGCAUGGGGUGUACCAAAAAGCACGCUAAAUGCUCGUGGAAGGAGGUCAAGGCGGAGGAAUUGCAGCUGACAGGACCCGAGUCCACUUCGCCCGACCGGGAAACAGCACGGGAGGAUUUGGGCAGGGAGAGUGCACCCCCUCUCAGUGCGGGAUCCACUCUCGAGUCCAAUCGCCACGCAGAUGAAAUGCAGAGGUCCGCGAGCAUUGCUCGAGCCUCUCUAGAUCUAGCAGGUGAAAAGUCACUCACUGCAAAGGAUGGUGGGUUACGGGAGACGCAAGCAGAGUCGACUGCAAAGGUUGAGAGGAUUCCCGCGAGCGCUUCGACGGGACGGUUUGACGUCCGGCCACCGCCGUUGGUCCAGCAAUUGCAGGAUGCUGCAGAUGACCGAUCACCCAGUGGGCCAAGUUCUUACCGUCCAACCUUCUCACCAAGAGAGAGGGACUACAUGGAGGACCAUGACGACGACGACGAAGGCGAUCGAUUGCAGGCACUUGCGGCACGAGUAUACCGAAGCGCGUCUCAAACUGGCCAUCGCUAG